AGCGGAAACAAAAGAGUCUCGCCGGCGUCCCCGCCCGCACACUCGCGCACACUCGCGCUCGGGCGCACACGGAGCAGGGACCGGCGCCCGGAGCGAGCCAGGGAGCGGCGAACCGGGGACCCACCGCGCGGAGCCAGCCUAGCUUCCAGCGAGCCCAACCCGCGACGACCCAAGCCCCCGAGCCCCGCAGCCGACCCCUGCCGGCCGGUGUCCCCACCGCCAUCCCUGACCCAUGGCGCUGAAGCGGAUUCAGAAAGAAUUAAGUGAUCUACAGCGCGAUCCACCUGCUCACUGUUCAGCUGGACCUGUGGGAGAUGACUUGUUCCACUGGCAAGCCACUAUUAUGGGGCCUCCUGAUAGCGCGUAUCAAGGUGGAGUCUUCUUUCUCACUGUACAUUUUCCGACAGAUUAUCCUUUUAAACCACCAAAGAUCGCUUUCACAACAAAAAUUUACCAUCCAAACAUAAACAGUAAUGGAAGUAUUUGUCUCGAUAUUCUGAGGUCACAAUGGUCACCAGCUCUGACUGUAUCAAAAGUUUUAUUGUCCAUAUGUUCUCUACUUUGUGAUCCUAAUCCAGAUGACCCCUUAGUACCAGAUAUUGCACAAAUCUAUAAAUCAGAUAAAGAAAAAUACAACAGACAUGCAAGAGAAUGGACUCAGAAAUAUGCAAUGUAAAAAUCAAAAACAUUUUCAUAUAUACCAGAGUACUGUAAAAUCUAGGUUUUUUUCAACAUUAGCAGUAAAUUGAGCACUGUUUACUGUUUCAUUGUACCAUGAAACCAUUUGAUUUUUACCCAUUUUAAAUGUGUUUCUGAAGCAAGACAAAACAAACUUCCAAAAAUACCCUUAAGACUGUGAUGAGAGCAUUUAUCAUUUUGUAUGCAUUGAGAAAGACAUUUAUUAUGGUUUUUAAGACACUUGGACAUCUGCAUCUUCAGCUUACAAGAUCUACAAUGCAGCUGAAAAGCAACCAAAUUAUUUUUUGCUGAAACUAGAUGUUUUUACAUGAGAAAUACUGUAUGUGUUGUCUAAGAUGUCAGUUUUAUAAAUCUGUAUUCAGAUUUCAUUCUUUGUUAGCUCACUUUAUAAUUUGUAUUUUUUUACUGUAUAGACUAAAUAUAUUCUAUUUACAUGUACGUCAACUCAUUACUUUUUUCCUGUGAACAGUAUUGAAAAACCCCAAUGGCUGAUAAUUAAGUGAAUUAACUGUGUCUCCCUUGUCUUAGGAUAUUCUGUAGAUUGAUUGCAGAUUUCUUAAAUCUGAAAUGAUCUUUACACUGUAAUUCUCAGCAUACUGAUUAUGGAGAAACACUUGUUUUGAUUUUGUUAUACUUGACUUAACUUUAUUGCAAUGUGAAUUAAUUGCACUGCUAAGUAGGAAGAUGUGUAACUUUUAUUUGUUGCUAUUCACAUUUGAAUUUUUUCCUGUAUAGGCAAUAUUAUAUUGACACCUUUUACAGAUCUUACUGUAGCUUUUUCCAUAUAAAUAAAAUGCUUUUUCUACUACUUGUCUUGAUUACUUAAAAAAAUAAAAAUAUAAGUAAGGAUCAAAACUCUAAAAUUUUGCAUGAAAAUUACAUCCAAAUUGUGAAAAUCAGAUCUAUUUUGUUUGCCAUUAGUCACCAUUAGUUAUAUAAAUUUUAUUGUUUUAGGUUAGUAUCUCUUUACUAAAUUGUCAGUCUUUAAGAUGAUAUAUGUUGAUCCCUUGCUGUAGAGGAGAAUUUAGAGUAAUUUGGGGUUUGUCUUGGAUUAUAUCUAAAUGGAUUAUUUGUUAAAAGUACUGAAAUGAGUAUAAGGCAGUAUCACCCAUCCAAAAGAAAGGUCUUUAUAGACCUACACAGUCACUAGAUUAAUUCAUUAAAAUGCCCCCACCCCGAUGUAAUUGACAUUACAUUUCUUAACAUUUUAAAAUCUAGAAUUUCUAAAAUGGAAUUUAAUGCCAUCACAAUUUGAAAAACAUUUUUUUUUUUUUUACUAUAGCAGUUACAAAGGAAGUUCUAAAAUUAUGCCUCCCUCUGUUUUUAUAAGUUGCCAUCGAAAAGUGAUUUAAAUAAGCAGGUUAUCUUUAUAGAUUUUAAAGAAAACUAACAAGUUUUAAUGUUUUAACUUGGGGAAAAAAUACAUCUCUUUAAUGUUUAGCAUGCUUGUCAACCUUGAGUGAGUGUCAUUUUUAAGAACAGUUGUAGCCCUUCUGAUUAUUGCAGUAGCUGUAGAAGUAUGUAAGAAUAUGUGAUGGGUGUAGUCAUUAGCAAAGCAUUUAAAUCACUUGAGUAUUUUGUCAUGGUUCAUUAUUAUUAAAGCACAAAAUAACCUAUUGUUAGAAAAUAUGUGUUUUUAUAAAUGAAUGUAAAAUAAUUAAAUGAAUUGUGAAAUGGAUGUUUAAGAAAAUAUAGGCUUAAAAAGUAAAUCUAUAAAAUGAUGUCUUAAAACAGCCAUAUCAUGAAAAAUUCUACUUAGCUAUAUUAUUAUAAGCUACAUUUGCCCUGAAUUUGAACACUCAACAUCAUUAGAUUUAAGUAUUUAGUAUAUUUUGAUAGUAAAGGGUUUUGUUUCUUGAAUAUCUUCACUUUAAACAAACAAAAAAACAACUUUCAUUUGUGUGGCAUUUAUUUUUGGAAGUGUCUUCUUUUUUUUCUUUAUUAAAGUUUUUGAAACUUGC